GCGGAAGAUUGUGAUUAAGUCGGUUCUCUGUGAUACGGCUACACGUGUAGACUGUGGAGCUGCAUUUGUCAACUGGUGUCUUCUUGACUCUUGUCUUUCUAUCGUCUGUUUUCAGGAAGACUUGUUGACCCGUGUGUGACAGGCAGUCGGGACCCCGCUAACUCCAGCUGGAAGUUCGUGUGUUGAAGUUGACAGAUCCAGGUUUCUAAUCUAAGAUGGAGGAUUGGGACGAAGGAGAAUCUUCCACCCCAAGUUUCGCCUCUUCUGCACCGUCGUCUGGCUUCGGCCGUGGGGGUGGUUUUGGAAGUGGAGGGGGUGGUGGUUUUGGCUCUGGUGGAGGGGGUGGUGGAUUCGGCUCUGGUGGUGGAGGGGGUGGAUUUGGCUCCAAAGGAGGGUUUGGGGGUGGAGACAGUGGCAGUGGCUUUGGAUCAAGGGGUGGCAGCAGUGGAGGCUCGGGGUGCUUCAAAUGUGGAGAAGAUGGCCACUUUUCCAGAGAGUGUCCCAAUGCUGGUGGGGGCAGGGGAGGAGGAGGAGGAAGUCGUGCCUGCUUCAAGUGUGGAGAGGAAGGACACAUGUCCAGGGAGUGCCCCAGUGCAGGCUCUGGGGGAGGAAGCCGUGCUUGCUUCAAGUGUGGAGAAGAGGGCCACAUGUCCAGGGAGUGCCCCAGUGCAGGGUCAGGAGGAGGAAGCCGUGCUUGCUACAAGUGUGGAGAAGAGGGCCACAUGGCCAGAGACUGUCCAAGUGCAGGUUCAGGAGGGGGUGGAUUUGGUGCCAAAAGUGGAGGUUUCGGGUCCUCGAAUGGAGAUGCCAAGCCUCGUAGUGGUGGAUUUGGCCGUGGGGGCGGAUUCGGUGGAUCAAACGACGACGACGACAGCGCUCCUAGAGGCGGCUUUGGUCGUGGGAAGACCGGUGGAUUUGGGAGCAGCGGUGGCGGUGGAGGGUUUGGAGGCGGUGGGGGAGGAUUUGGAGGUGGCAGUGGUGGAGACGACGAAGGAAAGAAAGGAGGUGGUGGUUGUUUCAAGUGCGGUGAAGAUGGCCACUUUGCAAGGGAGUGCCCCAACUCAGAAGGAGGUGGUGGUGGAGGAGGUAAAAAGGGAUGUUUCAAAUGUGGAGAGGAGGGCCACAUCUCAAGAGAGUGCCCCAACGCUGAGGCCCAGCCCCUGGACCCUGACCGACCUGCCCCAGUCACCUACGUCCCACCCCCACCCCCUGAAGGGGAGGAGGAGAUCUUCCAGACUAUCGCUAAGGGAAUCAACUUUGACAAGUAUGAUGAGAUUCCCGUGGAGGUCACAGGGAGAGAGUGCCCACGCCACAUCGGCUCCUUUGAUGAAGCCCAGCUGUACGAGACGUUCCGAGCCAACGUUGCGAAGGCAAAGUACGACCGCCCCACGCCGGUGCAGAAGUAUAGCAUUCCCAUCAUCCUCAACGGGAGGGACCUCAUGGCCUGCGCACAGACUGGUUCAGGAAAAACUGCUGCCUUCCUGCUGCCAGUGCUGACAGGUAUGAUGCAGGAGGGACUCACCGGCAGCCAGUUCUCUGGCGUACAGGAGCCCCAGGCCAUCUGUGUGGCACCCACCCGCGAGUUAGCCAUCCAGAUCCACUGCGAGGCCCGUAAGUUCUCCUACGGGACCAUGCUGAGGCCCUGUAUCGCGUACGGAGGGGUGAGCGUCAUGCACCACAAGUCUCAGAUCCAGAGGGGAUGUCACUUCCUGGUCGCCACACCAGGCAGGCUGCUGGACUUCAUUGACAAAGGAGUGAUCAGCAUCAAGAAGCUGAAGUACCUGAUCCUGGACGAGGCUGACCGGAUGUUGGACAUGGGGUUUGAGCCGGAGAUCCGCAGGCUGGUGGAGACAGCCUCCUGGGGCAUGCCGGCCAAGGGUGAGAGACAGACCCUGAUGUUCAGCGCCACCUUCCCGGAGGAGAUCCAGAAGCUAGCUCAGGAUUUCCUGGAGGAUUACAUCUUCCUGACGAUCGGCCGUGUGGGAGGAGCCAACACUGAUGUGGAGCAGUCAGUCAUGGAGUCCUCCCAGUACGACAAGAGGGAAAAACUCACCGACAUCCUUGGAAACUUAGGUCAGGAACGUGUGCUGGUGUUUGUGGAGACCAAGAGGAACGCAGACUUCCUGGCCAGUUACCUGUCCCAGUCUGGCUUCCCCACCACCAGUAUCCAUGGAGACCGACUGCAGAAGGAGCGUGAGGAGGCCCUGUCAGACUUCCGUCAGGGUCGUGCCCCGGUGUUGGUGGCCACCUCCGUCGCUGCUCGCGGUCUGGACAUCCCCAAGGUGAUGGUGGUGAUCAACUACGACCUCCCCAGCAGCAUUGAUGAGUACGUCCAUCGCAUCGGCAGGACUGGUCGGGUCGGCAACACCGGAAAAGCCAUCAGCUUCUACGACUCCGACAAGGACGCCUCAUUGGCCCGAUCUCUGGUCAAAGUCCUUGCAGAUGCCCAGCAGGAGGUUCCUGAGUGGCUGGAGGAGGCAGCAGAGGGAGCCAUCGGCACCAACUACGGACCUGCUGGUGGAUCCUUCGGGUCCAGGGACACCAGGAAACAGUUCAACGGAGGUGGUGCCAGCUGCGGGAUGUCUAACGGUGGCGGUGGUGGCGGCUUCAGUUCCUCUGCUCAGGAUGACGAGGAAGACUGGGGCUAGAAACUCCACAUCCCUCCCUCCCAGCCUAGCCUGGAUGCCAGGCUGUUUCCAGGGCCUACACAGGUCAGGUGUUCUGCUCUAGAGCCUGGGUUUUCUGGCAAGUUGGGCAUAGAGCAGAAGAGCUAGCCUGUGUGAGCCCUGGAAACAGUCCAUCCAGGCUUCAGGCUUCUCCCAGCCUGGAUCACAGUAUUUAACCAUUCUAUGUGGGCUAGGGAGUGAAGCGGAUGCCAAAGCUUGUUCUGUUCCAGUUCGUAUUGUUGUAGUAGUAGUUGUUAGUAUGUCAGGUAGCACAACUGUGCAAGUGACUUAGGACUUAACAUUCCUUCAGUUCUGAACUGGUUACCAAUUGUGACUACAUUGCUGUAAGCCAUGACCAGACCAGGUCAAUAGUAUAUCUACAGUGCCUUACCUCAUGGAAAGUUACCUUGUCCUACGUAAGUAUUUUGGGGCACAUCAGGACAAGGCAGUUUUGUUUCAGGCACUCUAACAAAAGUAACCAUAACUCCUUUUGAAGACUUGUGGUACAUAGAGCAGUUAGGUUACUAAUGUUGUUUAUUAACUUCAUCACAAUCUGUUGAUAAGAAUUUUGAAAGGGAGCAGAGGUAUUGGCCCAUCUGAAGCAUUUUAAAAGGAAGGUGGAAAAAUGUCUCUUUCAUUGUGGAAAAUUCUUGAUCAGUUGUGACAUAUAUCAUACCUCACCAUCUUGUGUUUUUGAUAACAGCCAGUUCCAUGUAGUAAGAAGUAGGCACUAGGUAGAUUAGUUUAUUAUUUGAUGUUACGACAUGUAGCAAGGUGCGUCUGUAAGAGCGGUAGGCUGCCACAUUUUAGGUUUGUAGCAGAUUUUUGUGGAAAAUUGCUCAGGGACCUAGCAGAAAUAACUGACUAAAUGGGCAUCCCAAGUGUGAAAGGUUGAUGCUCAAAAAAAAGA